AUGGCAUGUAGAUCUGCAUGUUUAUCUUUAUCUUCAUUUCCGAUCAUUCUGUGUGCGAACUACUGGGGAAUUCGAAAGAGCACAGCAAGUAUAUCUCCACCUCCAUCUCCACCUCCACUCCGGAAUCAGAUUCAUAACAUUACAUUAUAUACGUAUAAGAUAAACAUCAAUUUUGACUUUUUGACUUCCCGAGUUCUUGAAAGGACUCGCACGCACGCACGCACACACAGGACGGCUCGGAUUAAUCGAAAAUUCCCGCGGAGCGCACCAAAGGUUACAUUGACUUACAUUGACUACUUAUGCAAGUAUUUCUUAUUCGCGAGAUAUUGUAGUGGGUUGUCAUCAUACAUGAUCGAUAUUGAUAUUUGGCAUCUAUAUCGAUAUAUGUAUGUAUAUCUGGAAUGGGGCUAG